AUGGCCUCCCGCCUCAAGGACCGCGGCGGCGGCGGCGGGAGCAAUGGCGUCAAACCCGCCACCGCCACCGCCCCUCGCGCGCUCACGCCCAGGCCGUUCCCCCUCUCCUCCUCCGCCUCGCGCCGCACCCCCUCCGCCGCCGCCUCCGCCGGCGGCAAGGAGAACUCGGCGUCCAAGCCCUCCAAGCAGCAGCCCACGUCCGCCGUGCGGUGGUCCACCUCCUCCAUCCCGAGGGCCAGCCGGAUCCCGAGCGCCGUCGAGUCCUCCAAGCUCGUCGCCACCCUCCGGGCCACGGGGUUGCCGGGGAGGGCCUCCGUCGGGAGGGACGCGGAUGCGGAGACGGGCCUGCGGCGGAGCGUCAGCGGCGGGAUCAGGGCCGCGUCCACCGAGAGGGCGAGGAGGCCGGUGAGUUCCGCUGCCGCUGCUCGGGCUUCAGAUGCGGCCGGCGCCAGGGGAGGGAGCGGCGGGGCUGCUGCUCACGAGACGGGAUCCAGGAGGGACGGGUUCGAUUCCAGAGGGCGGAGGGCCAAGGGGUCGGAGGAGACCAGUAGGAAAAGAGAAGCCUUUGAUGCCAAGGCCAGGCAGACAGAUGCCGUUGGCAGGUGCAGAGAGAGCCUUGAUGCCAAGGCGAAGCAGGUCAGUGGGAAAAGAGUGAGCGUGGAUGUGAGUGCAGUGAAGCAGUCUGACGAGAUCAGAGGGAAAAUAGGAGGAGCGUUUGUGGAUAAGCAGAGUGAUGAGGCUGAUGGGAGAAGGGAGGCCAUCGAUGCCAAGGCAAAGCUCGGUGAUGAGAUCAGUAGGAGGAAAGAGGAGGGGCGCGAUCUGAAACUGGUGAGGGAGACCAGUCCCAAGAAUGCUGUUGCUGGUCUUGCUGGUCCAGCGGAGGCUUCUUCCAAAGCUGCGCCCUUUUCUGCUACCCAGAACGGCGGUGACGGAGGCAACAGUUCUCUGAUCCCGGUGUUCACCGUGCAUGUGGUAGACUCAUAUGAUGCUUGUUCCGGUGUGAGAGAGCACCGUCAGAAGACCGAGGAGUGUAGCAAGCAGGGGGAGAAGGGGAAACUGGCUGACAAGAUUCGAGUUUUCGAGAAGGCAGCAGCAACAAGCGGGGAAGGAAGACCAGCAAAAACUUUGGGCAGCGUGAACAAAUACCCAAGCCGGCUGCACGAGAAACUGGCUGCACUGGAAGGGAGGGUUCAGAAGAUUGCCACCGAUAUCAAGAAGACCAAGGAGAUGCUGGAUGAGAACAACCCAGAUGAGCCGAAACAGAUAUUGUCCAAUAUCCAGAAGGAAAUUAACGAUAUUGAGCAGGCGAUUUCUCAUGUCAAAGUCGACAAUAAGGUUCAGUUAGGUACUGAAGAUAGCAGUGACUCUGAGAUCUCUCUGGCUAAGAAGUGCGCUGUUGUGAAGCCACGUGACCUGAAGCCUGCUGGAAAAGGAAUGAAUACUGACGUGCUGGAGGCAAGGUUUUUCCCACACCAUAAACUUUUGAGGGAUCGUAAGACAUCUGGUGCUACUCAGCAGGAGUCGUGCAUGGCGCUGAAGAAUGGAACCGUUGAGCCCUGUGAUGAUGAGAACAGUAUAGCCAUGGAGUUUCUGGCUUCUUUAGAUGGCGAAGAGAGCGACUUCUUCAAGAAUCGGAGAGCUAAGAACUUGGAAAAGAACAUGAUUCGUGAAGCAGCUGAUGCUAGUGGCAAGACGUCUAGCCAAGGUAGCUCAAAGAUUCCAGAUGGCUUAACUAAUGAAGUGGAAAUGGAAUUGUGUGCUGCUGAGAACCUAGAAGAGUUUGAUGAGCAGGAAAACAAGUCAUCGAUGGUGAUACAGGAGGAAACCGAGGAGCCUUCAAGUGAUCAAUUAUCAGGGAUAGGAAACAAGUCUGCAACAGGUGGAUGGUUUGUUUCAGAGGGGGAAGCUGUUCUUCUUGCUCAUGGAGAUGGUACCUGCUCCUAUUAUGAUAUUGCAAACCAUGAGUUCAAGUCUGAAUAUAAGCCUCCCAGUGCGGUGUCACAUAAUACUUGGGGCGAUUGCUGGUUGAUUCGUGCCCCAGGUGUAGAUGGAUGCUCCGGCAGAUAUGUAGUUGCGGCAUCAGCUGGUAAUGCAUUGGAACCUGGGUUUUGCAGCUGGGAUUACUACAGCAGAGAAGUGACAGCAUUUCAUGUCGAGGAUGAGACAUCUCGUCCUUCUGCUGUACCAUUAUCCAGGAACGUUCUUGGGCCUCUUCCUAAUAUAGGCUCAUCAAGAUCUACUGUUGCUAUUUCAACCGUAGAACAGCCACAGUGGUGGUACAGACCAUGCGGACCUCUCCUCCUUUCUACUGCUACCAAGCAAAAGAUGAUCACAGCUUAUGACAUCCGAGAUGGCGAUGUAGUGAUGAAAUGGGAAGUAAGCAAUCCAGUACUGGGAAUGGAGUACUCCAGCCCACUACAAUGGCGCAGCAGGGGGAAGGUUGUAAUUGCUGGGACUGAAUCAAUUGGGUUGUGGGAUGUGAAUUCGCUUAACCCACAGCCCUUAUUAUCUGUUGCUACUGCUGGUAAAAGAGUUUACUGUCUUCAUGUGAACAACACUGAUGCUGAGGUGGGCGGAGGAGUUCGUCAAAGAGUUACUUCAUCUGAGGUGGAGGGAAACGAUGGUGUUUUCACUACGCAAGAAAGUGUUAAUGUGUUGGACUUCCGUGUACCUUCUGGCAUUGGUCUUAAAAUGGCAAGACACGGUGGCACGGCGAACUCAGUCUUCUCUCGUGGAGAUUCAGUAUUUAUUGGUAGCACAGAUGGUAGGCUGCAGAUAAAAGGGGGGCUGAAAUCACGAGUUCAGCAAUAUUCACUCUCAAAGGGAAAGCUUGUUGCAACCUAUGAACUGCCAGAGUUCAAUGCCCACUUCCACCACUCUUCGAUAACCCAAGUGUGGGGCAAUUCCAACGUUGUCUUGGCUGCGUGCGGUAUGGGAUUGUUCGCUUUUGACACCUUCGAUGAAGGUGUCCAACAAACUUACAGCUUUGACCGUGCAAACACCAUUGGAGCAAGAGAGGUUAUUGGUUCUGAUGAUUUAUACUGUCCUACAUUUGAUUACUCAUCAUCGAGGGUUCUUCUGGUCUCGAAAGACCGUCCAGCCCAUUGGAGGUACUUGUAAUAGUUGUCUGUUUAUUGUGCAACCUGUAAUAUAUGUACUUUCUUUAUGCUUUGGUUUUGUAGUCAUCUGUCGUGAUAAGCAUCUUGCUUUCACUGUAUUAGGAGAUAAUACUGUGCUUCUACUCAGUUGAUUUAUAUCCAUUG